AUUUUUAACUGGUUGAUAUGCUGGCCUUAUUUUGAGAAUUAAGGACAUUUACAAGUCCGAUUUGUGAUAUCGGUGUUUGAAAUUAGAUGAGCAGGUAGUCCUGGAAGACGGUGGAAGCAUGGAGGCAGGCGCAAGAGAGUAUCACAGCAAAGACUUCGAAUGGGAGCAACUGAGAAGCGAAAUAGAGAAUGAUCCUUCCCUUUCUUACCACUUGCAACCACCACUCCAUUCCCAAUCAUCCCCUUCCCAAGACUCUCUUGCUUGGAAUAACUUUCACUCCACUCAUUCCUCCGGCAAAUUCUUCAAGGAGAGACGAUAUUUGUUUAAGGAAUUCCCUGAGCUGGCCUCCUGUUCUCUGGUCCUGGAGGUUGGAUGUGGUAAUGGCAGCACCGCUCUACCGAUUUUACGUGCCACAGAAACUGCUAGGGUAUAUGCCUGUGAUUGCAGCAUUGAGGCGCUGGAGAGAUCCAAACAGAAUGUAUGUGCUUCUCAUGUCGAAGGAAUCGAAUCGCGGUUUCAUCCGUUUUACUGUGAUUUCUCUGUCACUCCAUUUCCUCAGUGGCUGGCUUGUAACUAUUGUAAACAGUUUUUACUACAAUGCCGGCAUAUUCCAGAUGUUUGCUGCGACACACCGACAGAUUCAAAUGUCUUUUUGAAGGAUGGUCAAUGCUGUAUUGGCGGAGUUGAUGUUGUUACUUUGAUUUUCACACUAUCAGCUGUACCAUUCGAUAGGAUGCCUGCAGCAAUGUCAGAGUGCUUCUCAGUUUUGAAGCCUGGUGGCCUACUCUUAUUCAGGGAUUAUGGCCUCUAUGACAUGACCAUGCUUCGAUUUGAGCCGGAUCAAAAAGUAGGAAAUAGGGAGUAUAAGCGUACCGAGGGUACCAGAGCUUAUUUCUUCUCUUUGGAUUGCGUGAAAAACCUCUUUAAGGGUGUCGGCUUCGUUGAGCUCGAGCUAGAUUACUGCUGUAUUAAAUCAGUGAAUCGUCGAAAUGGGAAAACAAUGCGAAGGGUGUGGGUGCAUGGGAAGUUCCAGAAGCCGGUACAAGAUCAAUCCAUGAAGUGAAAUUUUGCAGGAGAAAGCACCAGCGCUUCAAUCUAGACGCCAAUUGUUUGUAAACAAAGAAGUAUAGGAAACAAACAAAUUUUAAAAAAACCAUUUAUAAAUCAUGUCAAGAACGGACACAGUUUGACAAGUUUGCAUGCUUUCAUGUAUUUAAUGUAUCAAGUCACCAAGAGUAUUGUGAAGCCUCAGAUAAAGUUAAAAGUUCUUCCAGGUAAUCGGCACCCAAAUCUUCCAACACAACCACAUUAUUGUUAAGACCAUCUUGAUGUGCAAA